GAUCCUAACGCUGUGGAAGAGGGGAAGAGCAAUCACUGGAGAAGGUUACGCUGGGCCACGGAGAGGUGGGGAAAUAGGUAGGAAUGGAAAACGCAAAGGCCAGCUGCGCGUCCCUGGCAGUUACGAAGACAGGUCCUUGAAAGGGGUCUUGACUGGUCGCGGUGACAGCGCUGGCGCUUCCACCGCGGGAGUUCUGGAGUGUCUCCCGGUGUGCUGUGUGCUCUCUGGCACCUGCAGACUCCUUCUCUUCCUCUGCGCUCGGGAAUCCGCAGCCCAGCACGGACUAGUGAAGUCCUCCGCAGCUCCGUAAGUUACUAGGAGCCCUGUGGGCAUUUUUUCCUGGGCUCCGCCAUGCCGGCGGUGCUCGGUUUUGAAGGCAGCGCCAACAAGAUUGGUGUGGGAGUGGUGCGAGAUGGCAAGGUGCUGGCGAACCCGCGGCGAACUUACGUCACACCUCCAGGCACAGGAUUCCUUCCAGGUGAUACUGCCAGGCAUCACCGAGCUGUUGUCCUAGACCUGCUGCAGGAAGCACUAACAGAGGCUGGAUUAACUUCCCAGGAUAUUGAUUGCAUUGCCUAUACCAAAGGACCUGGCAUGGGUGCCCCACUGGCUUCUGUGGCUGUUGUGGCCCGUACUGUGGCCCAACUAUGGAAUAAACCAUUGCUAGGUGUAAACCACUGCAUAGGCCACAUUGAGAUGGGUCGUCUCAUCACCGGAGCCAUCAGCCCCACUGUGUUGUAUGUCAGUGGAGGGAAUACUCAGGUGAUUGCCUACUCAGAACAUCGUUACCGCAUCUUUGGGGAAACCAUUGAUAUUGCUGUGGGUAAUUGUCUGGAUCGUUUUGCACGGGUGCUGAAGAUUUCCAAUGAUCCAAGUCCAGGCUACAACAUUGAACAGAUGGCAAAGCGAGGCAAGAAACUAGUUGAGUUGCCAUACACUGUAAAAGGGAUGGACGUCUCAUUCUCAGGCAUCCUGUCUUUCAUUGAGGAUGUAGCCCAGCGGAUGCUGGCCACGGACGAGUGUACUCCUGAGGAUCUGUGUUUCUCUCUGCAGGAAACUGUGUUUGCAAUGCUGGUAGAGAUCACAGAGCGAGCCAUGGCGCACUGCGGCUCCCAGGAAGCCCUCAUUGUGGGAGGUGUGGGGUGUAAUAUGAGGCUACAGGAGAUGAUGGAGACAAUGUGCCAGGAACGGGGAGCCCGGCUUUUUGCCACAGAUGAAAGAUUCUGCAUUGACAAUGGAGCCAUGAUAGCCCAAGCUGGCUGGGAGAUGUUUCAGGCUGGACAGAGGACCCCCCUCAGUGAUUCUGGUAUCACACAGAGGUAUCGGACAGAUGAAGUAGAAGUGACCUGGAGGGACUAACAAGAUUAACAGUAUUUAGUUCCCUAAGUGGAUGGAGCCCAAGGACCCUGGGCUCAAUCUGUGUCCUGAUGUGGAAGUCCUAGCAAAGAUAUAGAUGAGGUCCCUUUUGGAAACCCAAGAUGACUCAGCAAUAAAAUAUUUUUGGUUUUGUA